AUGGUCGAGACAUUGAUAGCAAACCAAGCAGCCCAAGCUGCUCAACUUCAAACAGCACAAGCUCAGGUUGCCGAAGCACAAGAUGCACAGAUCCAGGCACAAGCACAGGCAACAGAGAUGCGCAACCAAAUGUUAACCGCCCGUCUACAAGCAGAGGAAGCCCAGGCUAGGGCUCAAGUUCAUAAUUCAGGACAGACUUCGGCACAUAAUCAACCUCAAAUUCAGAAUCAGACAACAGCAGCACCCGUCACUACAGUCAUCGCUUCAGAAAUCAACGCUGUCCCAGUCACUUCUGUUACCAUCACAGCAUCCCGUCCUUGGGAAAUACCCAGGGAUCUUAAUCAAGAUAGAUAUCAACAAGAGUUCGUUCCACCAAAUGCUCCUGUCUUCACUAAUGUGCCUCCCGUUGUUCACUAUACUCCUCACCUAGGAGAACCUGUCUAUCACGGCCCUACCCCAAGUGAGGAUCCUGGUCUCAAUGAUAGAAUGGAUGAAUUCCAGGAUCAGUUUGCGGAAUUACAAAAAGAGAUAAAAGCUCUUCGUGGGAAAGAACUGUUUGGCAGAGAUGUAAAUGAUAUGUGUUUGGUUCCAGACGUAAGGAUGCCAGCAAAAUUUAAACUACCAGAAUUUGAAAAGUACAAAGGAAGUUCUUGUCCACAGACCCAUUUGGUUAUGUACGUGCAAAAGAUGUCAAUGUACACCAACGACCAAAGGAUGCUCAUUCAUUAUUUUCAAGACAGCCUUACCGGUGCAGCUUUACGCUGGUAUAUGGGAUUAGACAGUUCUCAGAUCAAGACUUUCAACGAUUUAGGCGAGGCCUUUAUCAAACAUUACAAAUACAACCUGGAUAAUGUGCCAGACCGAGAUCAGUUGAGGUCCAUGCAACAAAGAGAAAAGGAGACAUUCCGUGAAUACGCGCAAAGGUGGCGCGAAAUUGCAGCACAGGUUGUUCCACCUAUGGAAGAAAAGGAGAUGACGAAAGUGUUCUUAAAGACUCUUGAUACUUUUUAUUACGAGAGGAUGAUUGCAAGCGCUCCUACAGACUUUACCGACAUGGUAAACAUGGGAGUCCGUUUAGAGGAAGCAGUUCGAGAAGGGCGUCUAGUUAGAGAAGGAAGUUCAUCUUCAAGCGGGGCAAAGAGGUACGACGGUUUUAUGAAAAAGAAGGAACAAGAAACUAAUGUUGUGUCCUAUAAUCAUCCAAGAAGGAUCAAUUAUCCUUACCAUUCCCAACACCAACAUAUAGCAGCCGUGACUCCAGUAAUCACUUCCGCUCCAGUUCAAGUCCAAUACCCUCAGCAGCGUACCAACCGCUUCCAACAGAAUACUCAGUAUCAGCAACAACAUCAACCUCAACAACAUCAACAUCAGUUACAACAACGUCCACCACAGCAACAAAGAAGAACCAAUUUUGAUCCAAUUCCGAUGUCAUAUGCAGAAUUGUAUCCAUCUUUGAUCACUAAAAACCUUGUGCAACCACGACCACGACCUCCUGUACCAGAAGUGCUACCUUGGUGGUACAAGCCAGGGGUAUCUUGUCCCUUUCAUCAGAAUGCUCCAGGUCAUGACUUAGACAACUGUUUUGCUUUAAAGUUGGAAGUACAGAAGUUGACAAGAGCAGGUAUUUUGACCUUCAAGAGCAUGGGUCCCAAUGUGAAGGACAAUCCAAUGCCAAGUCAUGGUCCUUCAUCAGUGAACAAUAUAGAAGUUUGUCUCAAUGGACAACGUGUUACGAAGAUAGAGGAGAUUCGGCAGUCUUUGGUUGAAAUUCAUUCUAUUUUAUGUGCUCAUGGUCCAUUCCAACAUGACCACCAGAUCUGUGGUACAUGUUCAGUCAAUUCAAGAGGUUGUAGAAAGAUUCAAGAUGAUUUGCAAGGCGUCCUUGAUCAGGGUUUGAUUCAGAUUUCUAGACAAAUGAGUUCUCCAGAAUCACAAGAACAAGAGGUGAAUGUCAUCAUUCCUUGCUUCAACAUUCCAGAGAAAGUAGAGAUAGCUUAUCAUCCGAGGGAGCCAGUGGUGAUUUGCCCUCCGGGCCCAAUGCCUUACACUUCAGAUAAAGCGGUCCCCUACCGCUAUGCAGCAACUAUUAUUGAGAACGGUAAAGAGGUCGAGAUUAAAACCUUAUCCUCAGUUACCAAUAUCGCAGCAAAUAGCCGAAUGACGCGCAGUGGCCGCGUGUUCGCUCCGUCGGUUAUCCCAAGUAGAAAUGUUGAGAAAGAUCCAGUAGUCGUGGUACCAGUGACAAGAGAAGCAGAAGGGCAAACAAGCAAUUUAACCCUUGACAAAGAAACAGAUGAACUACUCAGAAUUAUCAAGCUCAAUGACUACAAAGUGGUAGAUCAGUUGCUACAGACACCGUCAAAAAUCUCGAUCCUGUCCUUAUUAUUGAACUCAGCUGUCCACAGAGAAGCACUACUGAAGGUGCUUGAUCAAGCCUUUGUAGAACAGGAUAUAACAGCAGAGCAGUUCAACAAUGUUGUAGGCAGCAUCACUUCGUGCAAUGGCUUAGGCUUUUGUGAUGAAGAACUGCCAGAAGAAGGAAAGAAUCACAACUUCGCUCUCCAUAUCUCAGCCAAUUGUCAAGGGGAUUCUUUGUCUAAUAUCCUAAUUGACACCGGUUCAUCUCUGAAUGUCAUGCCCAAGUCUACCUUGUUGAAGCUAAAGUACAAAGGGGGGCAAAUGCGGCACAGUGGAAUUAUUGUGAAAGCGUUCGAUGGAUCAAGAAAAACAGUCAUUGGAGAAGUUGAUUUUCCUAUUGGUAUUGGACCACACGUAUUCCAGAUCACUUUCCAGGUUAUGGACAUAGUGCCAGCUUAUAGCUGUCUGCUCGGACGCCCAUGGAUUCACGAGGCGGGUGCCAUUACAUCCACGUUACACCAAAAGUUAAAGUUUGUCAAGAAUGGGCAAAUAGUGACGGUUAAUGGGGAGCAGGCUAUGCUGAUUAGCCACCUUUCAUCGUUUAGUGUGAUAGAAGUAGACGAGACGGCUGUUCAAACUCCAUUUCAGGCCCUGACCAUCGAUGAUUACAAGAAAAGUGAAGGUUCAAUCGCGUCAUUCAAAGACGCCCAGCAGAUUGUCAAGACAGGUCCUACAGAAAUGUGGGGCAAGGUGAUAGAGUUGCCAGAAAAUGUUAACCAUGCAGGAUUAGGCUUUGUUGAUGGAAAACAAGUGCAGACUUCAGUGGUGCGACCUUUCAAAGAUAUCUUUCACAGCGGUGGGUUUAUCAACAUGGUAGCAGUUGAGGAGGAUACUUUUGAGGGAAAGACAGAAGAUGAAGGCCCUAGAUUUGUGACACCAGGAUCAUGGUGUUUGUUCAUGUGA